UCCGAUCUGUUGUAGAUUUGUUUUAAUCUCUUUUUUUGCCUGUCCAAAAGUUAAAUAGAGAAAAUGGAAGGCAGGGAGGUGGUGAGAGCAGAUUUUAACAAAGUCUGAAACUUUUUCAUUACUGUUGCACAUCUGGGCUAAAGUUUGUCGUAUGGCUGGAUGACCUUAAUGCAAAAUAGGGUUUUGGCCAACUAAUACCAACUACCAACUACCAGCUACCAGCUCCUCCUCUUUCAUCUUCUGGUCCGCCCUGAGUCUCAUCAUGGCUGUGCAUUAUUAAGCGACAGCUUCUGUAUUAUUCAACACCCGUACAGACCGUGCAGCCUGGCCCAGAGGAUGUCUGUGUUCGAGUUGUAUAAUAAAUAAAAUGCAUUAUUCAUGCAAAGGCUUCAUUGUGGUUAGGCUGUUCUGUUUUUGUUUGUUGGUUUUUUUGAUCCUUUAUUGAAAUGCCAUUAGCGAAUUUCAUUGAAUUUUCAUUCUGGUCACGGCGCAGACGCGGCGUAUACGCAAUCUGGCAUUGAGGAUUGAUAUCUAUGAGGCGAAAGGUGUUCUGUUCGAGAACAAUACCAAACAGUAAUCAUCAUCAUUCCGAUUCCAGCAGAUAAUUCCAGACAAUUCCAGGCCAGAGAAUUUAUUCAUGUGAAAGUUAAGCCUAAUUAAAAGUGUUUCGGAGACAGAGAGUGCGGAGAAAAGCAGGCAGAGAAACAACGGCCAGGUGGUGAUGCAUGAAUUUAGCUGAACAACAACAGAGAAUUGGCAACAUUUCGUGGCAGGCUAUACGGCCCGGAUUCGUUUUCCGUUUUACCGUGGAGCACGCGUGUGGUGGUGUUUACCUUGGACAAGAAUAACUCGCAACGGCAUAGACACCCCAUCUCCAUCUCCCAUCCGACAAAACCCCAUCCAUCCGCGUUCUGGUUUCUGGCUUUUUCAUCGUCCUCGUCCUCAGCCUCAGCGUCAGUCGUUUUUUGUGCGGCCUCACGUUUUGGAAAAACCAUCUUUUGUGAUUCCUUGGGCGCAGCACAGCAGUUUCUAGUCGGUGGCCUACUCUGAAGUGGACUCCAUUUUUACCUGUUUCUUCCCAUUGAGUGAUUCCAAACUCUUUAAGGCAUUCCAAGAGCUUUAGGCGACUACAAGCUUUGGUAGAUAUUUUAAGAAAAUGUUUCAAUAGAGAUGGCAAAACUUUCACGACGUGCCUCGUCGUCUGCAGCAACGCCAUCAACAGCAAAAACAGCAACAGACACUGCAACAGCACCACCUCCUCCUCAUCCUAGUCAUGCCACAGGCUUGCCUCAACGCAUCACCCGCCGUGCCACCAGCAACCAUAACAACAACAACAGCAGGCCCCGAGCGGCAGCACUCAUUGAUACCAGCGCCGAUGUCCUACAGGAGACUCCAUCGCCAUCACCGACACCGCCGACGCACACCAACAGCAACAACAACACUGCCACACGAAAUGAAAGCACCGCUGCACCUGCACCCGCCCACAACACGGCCACGCCCUACAUGCCACUGCUGCCUCCGGGCGAGCGAAAUCUGACCGACGCCGAGAAUGCCGCUGAGCGAGCAAGGAUCCGGGAGGAGUUCUUCGCCACCUACGACGUGAUGACCGGCGUGAGGAUCGCGGCCACGCUGGGCGGUUUCUUUGGCCUAAUGGUGUUUCUCAUCGUGUGGAAGAGUCGGAGCAGCAGCAACGAGACCCUGAAAGUGCUGAAGGACCCCAAGAUGGCGGCAGUGGCCUCCUUGUGCAUGCAAGAGGAGGAGGAGCGCGAAAUCCAAGAGGCCAUUGUAGCAACGGGGAUGUCCAUAUACCCGGAUGAGUACGAUGCCAUGGUGUACCGCCGCCAGCGGAUGCUCUCCUUGGGCAAUGUGAGUGCCCCGCCAUUGCUGAACCGAGGCUAUCGUUGUGGAUCAGUGGGUGGCGUGGGUGCUGGUGUCCCCAUGGGCUAUAGCUAUCUCCUGGAGCCACCGCGACGCUUCUCCUACUCGGCCAUGUCCGCCGGCGGCGGUCCGCCCGGUCCCAUAGGACGUCGCAAGAGCGGCUCGGAAUCCUCGCGCAUCUUCAGCAACUAUCCCAUGGGCGGCAGUUUUGGCACCGACGACUACUUUGUCGAGACCGAGGACGAGCUGGAGCACGAGGAGUACAUGCAGAGGGAUGCUCGCGACGAGCCGGAACACCUACAUCAUCAGCGCACAGAUUCCACGCGCAGCAAGCAGGGUUUUCUGUCCGUACCCAUGGCGGGUCACGACUCACGUCGCAGCAGUGCCAUGACCUGCUGCAGCACGGACAGCUCUUACCUAGAGCGUCGCACCUCCGCCUAUACGCUGGGCAUGAGCAAUCUGCCGCCGACGCUGCAGAGGAAGCUAUCGACGGCAUCGCGCACAUCAAGUAUCGAGAACUGGGACUAUUACUACCCGGACAUCCAGGUGAUACAGCCCACGCCGAAGGCUUCGCCGUGUCCGUCGGAGCGCAGCAUUCACGAUCCCUCGAACAUGGCUAUAUCGACAUCGACGCCGCCGCGGAGCUCGUGCCUGAGUGCGCCCAGCGUUAAGCGAAAGCACAGCAUUGUCUCCUACGAUCCGGACAGUGCCCAGGCGGGACGUAAGCAGCAGAUUCAUUCGAUAAGUGCGGAUACCGUGGACGUGUAUCCCUACAACCAGACCGCGCUGGCGGACACUGUGGAACUGGGGCUGCCGCUGCCCAAGCCCAUUCAAUCGGCCCCGCCUAACAGCGCACAUCAGGCCUUCCACUUCUGUGACUCGCCCUCGGAGGAGCUCCGGUUGGGAGUGAGGCGAAAGUUGACUCUCGUGGAGCUUCAGCGGAACGAGAGCAACAACAACAGUUUCCCGUAUACGGCCAAUGCAGCGGCACCUGCGAGCACGGGUGGGGAUGGGGGUACGGGUACGGGUACUGGUACGGUGGCCACCUCCAGCAGCAUCAGCGUGGACAGUACUCCUGUGAGCUUGGACCGCCUGAAUGGGAGUCUCAGCCUUGGGACCAUUUCAGUCUCGGCCAAGGUGCCGUUGAAUGUCAAUGGAAAUCCCGAAAAAAGAGCGCCACUCGCCUCACUAAGUUCCUUUAAGAUUUCCUCGCUGGAGUGCCCCGACUCCGAGCUGCGCUCCCUCGAGGAGGACUCUGUGUUUGGGCUGGAGAGUCCCGCAGACACGGACGACGAUAUGCAGCAGUUGAGCAGCGACAGCGAGGAGCAGGCCGUGGCCAUGGCGGUCAUCGAAGCAGCUGCCGCAGCGGCAGCAAAAUCAGCAGCGGCACAGGGCCAGGGCACAUCGGUGCAGGCCGGUGGCGACCUUAAGCCCAAUCCCUUGCCCCAGGUCAUUGCUUUGAAGCGGAUGAGCUUGAGUGGCGUGGCUACGGCGGGUGGGGGAGGAACGGGCGCCCGGCCACGUCGACCGCUGCUCCAACGGCAUCGCACCAUCAGUACCGCUUCCAGCGAUCGUGUGUCUCUCAUUGGGCCACACAGUGGGCAGUCUUUGCCGCUGCAACAGUUCCAGGGCCAUGUUCUGCCAGUGACUGCCGAAGCGGUGCCUCUCGAGACACACUUUGGCGCCAUUGUAAGCCACAGUCCACCGCGCCGGGGCCCGCUGCUGCAGCAGUACAGCGAUCCGCAGAGCUUUCCCACGACGACGACAACCACAACGACCACCACCACGGAGGAUGACACUUGUUCCACACUCAACACGGAACUGGGACUCCUGGACGCAGUGGCCGGAGGUGGUGGAACCGGUGGCGGAGAGUCCAAUACCCACACACAGUACAGCAGUAUGAACACGGUGAUCAGCGUGGGUCGCUCCACUCCCAGUCCCGGUCAUAGUCCCAGUGCCAGCGCCAGCGCCACCACAAGUCCCCGGAUGGACAAUAACUAUGCGUGUUCCCAGGCCCGCGAGGCUCCGGCACUGCAACCAGCUCAACUGCCACUCAACUCUAGACUGGUGCACGAUCACGAUCCCUGCCCCUCCUCCAAGUCCGACUCGGUGAUAGCUACACGCCCUCAGAGCAUUUGUGUGCCCUCCUCCCUCAAGGACCUGAUACUGCGAAAGGGCACUGCUACCGCAGGCAUCAGCAAAAGCGCCACGAACCUAAGCCUGCCCAGCAAUGAGGUGGGAGCCAGAGCCACCACCACUUCAACAACGACUGCGACGCCCGCCGUCAUGCUAGAGCUUCCCCUGAUCAGGCUGCCAAACGACGACGAGAACGAAAACGAGAACGACAACGAGGAUGUGGACGAUGAUAAUGUGGAGGCUGGCGAAGACAAACGCGAUCCCAGCCUGCCCGGCACUUCCAGAAAAUGGUCCAAGGAGACACUCUUCUAGCCCAGUUUGAUGCCGCUGCUAGUACGCAUGCAGUUCCGUGGGCCGGGCCAGUAUUUAAGAGCUUAGCAACCGACUUUUGUAUGCAUGGUGAUGGGCUGAUGGGCUGCAGUGAAAACCGCCAAGUCAAGAUUGAUUCUACUACUGAUUCUACUGAUACAUUUAGUAUGUGAUAAUAUCGAGAAUCGGACUCUAAGAUGAUCAAGAAUGGGAUCCCUAACUAACGAUUUUUUCUUUUAAAUAGUUUCCUCAGUAUUCUCAAAGUUACUACUACUCAAUAUCUUUUAUUCUGUAAAUAUAUUCAUCCGUUAGCACAAGUUGAUCAUUAGCUGAUGAUAUUUUCUUCCGAAUAAUUUAUAAGAAUCCUUUUUAUAAUUCCUAAAUCCAAUCUUUUGUCCCUGAAGUAACCAUGUCUUUGAUGAUGGAGAGGUUUUCACUGUCGCACUGGUAAGCGCAUGGUCUGGCAGCUAAUUUCCUGGGUUGCUCAAGACCAGCCAUCAUGAAACGAGUAUUUAGGCAUAUUAAUAUUGGGAGGAUUAGAUUAAGCGCAUUUAGUCACAGUAUAAGUUAGUUUGGGUUACUCCGAGUCGGCACUGACUGACCGAUGAGUGUGUAUGCAGAUACCAGUAGCUAUAGUACACGCCUACUAUACCUAUAUGUAUAGCUAUAUCUUGAGGUUAGGAAGAAGGUUAAGAGCAGCAACAAUGUAUUCGUACUUAGAGACUGUUGUCUAUUAUUGUUAAUAGGAUUCUGUAAGUUAAGUAGUGAUACUCGGAUUUAUUUUCACACUAUCUUUAUCUACAGAAAGAGAUGAGAUGUGUACGAAUAUAUAUAUUUGUAUGCAGACAAAAGGAGUGGAAGUUAAAGUUUAUAUAUAUUUCUAUAGAUAUAUCGAUCGCCAGCAGCUAAAAUAUAUCACUCUCUCUAUCUCUAUCUAUUUCUAUCCCUGAAAUGGAAUGAAAACUGUUCUAGUGUCUUAAACAGCAGCCAAAUACUUAAAGUAUUGUAAAUUAGAAUAUAGAUUGCACGACAAGGACAACUUUUCAACGAUCAAUAUCAAUCUAUCCUUGCAACUGAAGUACUCUGACCGAAACAAGCCUAAGGACCUCGAAGGGUCUACUUAAAAAUGCCUAAAUGUCUCUUAUGUGCAGAAUUUGUAGGAACAUCUCCACAUCUCCUUCGUCCUGCCUAUUCGAACACAAAUUGUUGGUAUUAUAAUAGAGUUGUUGUCAGAAAAUAGUGUUACAAAAACGAAUAUAAAUUUAAAAAUGAAUACAAAAGAAUAUAAAGAAAAUACAUAUAUAAACAACUUCCUAACUCAUCCCACCUACGCAUCUCUAUUUUUCUAUGAAACUGCAUUUGCUCCGAAAGUGAGGAAAGCUAAAGCAGAUUAAUGUGAAGUGGAAUAUAAAUCAAAUAACUGGUAUUAUUCAAAUCAAAAUACACAGUUUGUUGUUGAAUACAACAAUUUAUUGUAUAAUAGAACUGAAUUUCGUCAAAACCCAAGCAACCGCUAGAAACGAAACUCUAGAGACUUUCUCUCACAUGCCUGAGCCUCAGCCUGAGCCUAAUUUGUACCUUUCCUAUGCAUAAGUACGAGUAUACAUAUGUAUAUGCAUGUAUAUUUAUAUACAACCAAUACUAUGUAUAGAUCGAGCCCUAUUUGAAUAUUUUUAAAAACUAGUGAGUAUUUUGUACGAUGAGAUCCGUCUCAAAUGGCGCCUAGGAAAUGGUAUUAGAAAUUGGGAAUUAAAACGGUACGAGAAUAUAAAAAAAAAUAUAUAGAAGAAAAAAAAAAUCAUCUAAUUGUUGGUUAUACAUAUGCUGAAGAUUGAAGAUGGUAAGUAAGAGUAAGAGGAAAUGAUGGUUCGCAAAUAUUGUAAUUGUAGCGUUGAUUUGUUUCAAAUGAGCAAAUAUACAUAUAAACUAAUAAUGUAGCUAAUUAUACAUAAACAUACAUAUAUAAUACAUUUAAUGAAAACAAUGAGCAAACCUAACUUGUAUAAGAUAAUGAGUAGCGGAACCAAUUGUUAAUUCUAAGCAUAACGAAUAUGUAUUUAAAAACUGAGCUGUUGUAUUACAUGAACAAUAAAAAAGAAAUGAAAUGCAGACGCGCAUAAUGAAGACAAAAUGUUGGAUGUCGUUUCCAAACAUUCAGUUAGCGAAUUUCGAAUAUAUAUACACAGAUUUACUAGUCUAGAUAUCUUUGAUUCAUUUUUGUUGCGACGUUUUCUUUUAUACUUUUGUACUAACACCAACAUUUCCGACUUUAGCCACAGUCUGGCCUGAUUUCCAUAUCCAUAUUCCAUGCAUAUAUGAUUUCCAUAUUUAUACGAGUACAUACGAGUGUAUGUACAUAUGUACGUAGCUCUGUUAAACUUGAAGAAUAAUUGAUCAAAUUGGUAAAUGAAAGCAAUUGAAAAUCGAUACAAAACUAAUAUAAGUACUAUUACAAAACAGAAUUAUUAAUGCAAAAGAUUACUUUAACGAAAGAAUUAAAAUUUUUAAAAAGUACGAGCUAUUUAAAAACCAAAACUUAGUUAAAUGUUAUAUAUACCUAUACAUAUAUAAAAGAAGAAAGUUGAUGUAAAUGUUAGCGAUAUCAAUGAGAAUUGUGACAAGUGUAAAAUAAACCAGAAGAAAAUGCAUAUACACAAAAGUCUUUGUUUCGUGCCACAGUCGUUUGUAUUUGGGAUCAAUUUGUUAGACCUAAAGAUGGUACUCGAACACUAAUCUAAGCUCCUACUGCCGCCCUCCCCACCUUAGUAUCUGUACUUGGUGGAGUAGUCCUUUGGCGAUACGACCAGACCACGACCCUUUCGUGCUCCUCGAUACACGGUCUCCACAAUGUCAAUCAUCUCCUGCUUGUCCUCCAGCGGCCAGUUGAUUUUGUUGUUGUUGCCGGUGCCCAAAUCAAUCAUGAUGUGCUUGUUCCGGAAGAAGAACAUCACCGUGCACGGAUCGUAUAAUUCGUACAUUUUGUUGAAAUCCGGCACCUCGGUUAUGUCCACCAGAUAGAUGACC